UUUAUAAUGAACAAAUACUUUAAAUAUACAUAUGUAAUAACAUUUAUAAUAAUUGGAUAUGUCAGAUGUGCUGACAAAUAUCCAGAUCAUCCAGAUGACGGAGAUGAUAGUGAUGAAGAGGAUAAUUUUCAAGUAAUCGUAAGAGGAAUUGAAAAUAUUCUUGAAGAUGAAGAUGAAGAUGAAAAAACUGCUGGAGAAUCAUUAGUUUCAGAUAGUAUCAUGAAACAUGGACUUGGACCUCUCACUGAUCAAGGUUAUAUAAAACCAGAUCAGUAUCAAUCAGCACCGUCUUAUCAACAAGAAGAUUUAACGGGAUAUGUAGAAACUGGAUGUGAUGAAGGAGCUGUUGGUUAUGACGCAGGAUAUAAACAAGAAUAUUAUUCAGAAGGUUAUGAACAGCAACAAGAAGAUAGUAGUUAUGAUCCCAAUUAUUAUACAGUAGCUGAAUCAACACCGUCUCAACCUACACAAGGGCCUAAAAUUGAAUCAAGUGUUCCGGAUUAUCACCCAGGUUCCGUAAAUGUUCCGCCUAUUUACACAUUUCCUAGGCCUCCUGUAAAUAUAGGUCCUAGAUAUAGACCUUUAAUACAUGGAGCUCCAACCUAUUUUGGACCACCUUAUUUACCACCAUAUUUUGCAAAUAUUGAUAAACUCAGAUUAUCUACUCCUGUACCUGGAAGCCUAUUAACAUCUCCUUAUUUACUCACUCAAGGUUCACAGGUUCAAACACAUCCCGUACAACAACCUCUACAACCAAUAGGGGAACCUAUUCAAGAAAAAGCUCCAUCUAAGAAAGCUAAGCAUGUUAAAAUAUGUGAAACAAUAACAUUCUUUACGAAGGAUUGUCACGAUGAUUAUGUUCCAAUGAAUGAAAGUGAGUAUAAAAUUACCUUGGAGAGCGAAAAUAUAGUGAAAUAUAAAUUCAAUGCAAGACUUGAAAUGAUAAUGUGUGACAAUGAAACUAUUUAUAUACAUAGAUGUGAUAAACCAUAUGCCACGUUUUUAACACAUAAUAAAAAUGUUUGUUCUUUUAUUAUCGCUCGUGAUGGAGGAUUUGUUUACAUUAAUUUCGUUAAUGGUAAGUGGAUAACCAAUGCGCGAAGAAAUAUGGAUAUUGUUAAAUUUUACAUACUUGAUUGUGAAGGUAAUGAUGUUGAGCUUACUGAUAAAGAUUAUCAUUUUGAUCUUAGUCCUAAUGGUUCAUUUAAAUAUAUAUUUAAGUCAAAAACAAAAUGCUAUAAAGUUGUGGCUGGAGGGGAUUUAAUUUGGAAAAAAAAUCCCGGUGAUGAUUUCCCACGUUCAGUGUCUGUUACCACUCGAUUAAAUGUCAUAAUUUUUACCCAUGGUGAAAGCUUUAUAUACCAAAAAAUUGAUAAAGGAUAUAAAAGAGUGCAUGAUAAAUAAUUUCAAAUAUAUAUAAAGAUUCGUAAACUUUUUAGUAGAUUCAGUUUAAUAUCCAAUAGACAUUAAAUUCUGGAUUAAUCUCUUAAAUAUUAACACACUGCAUUAAAAAAUAUUUUAAUAAAUAAACACAC